AUGGUGGUUCCACAGGCGUUGCGCGCGUGGCGCUUUCCUCCUCUGGGCCGCGGCUUGGGACGACGCUUUGCCGCUGCCGCAGCACCAGCGGCCACCAGUGGCAAGGUCUCCCAGGUGAUCGGCGCUGUGGUGGACGUGCAGUUUGAUUCUGCCCUGCCACCCAUCCUGAAUGCUCUGGAGGUGGAAGGCUUUGAACAUCGCCUGGUUUUGGAAGUGGCGCAGCACUUAGGCGAGAACAUGGUGCGCACCAUCGCGAUGGAUGGUACUGAUGGCCUGACACGUGGGCAGAAGGUCAUCGACACGGGAGCACCCAUCACUGUUCCAGUGGGAGAACAGACGCUGGGGCGCAUUAUCAAUAUUAUCGGUGAGCCCAUUGACGAGUUGGGCCCAAUUGAGACGAAGAAGUUCUACGCCAUCCACCGUCCCACGCCAACCUUCACGGAGAUGAACACCACUGCACAGCAGUUGCUCACGGGCAUCAAGGUCGUGGACCUCUUGGCACCCUACGCCAAGGGCGGUAAGAUUGGCCUCUUCGGUGGCGCCGGCGUGGGGAAGACGGUGGUGAUCAUGGAGCUCAUCCACAACAUUGCCUUGAAGCACGGUGGUUAUAGUGUCUUCGCAGGUGUAGGCGAGCGCACUCGCGAGGGCAACGACUUGUAUCACGAGAUGAUGGCAAGUGGUGUCAUCAAGAAGGACAAGGCGCCUGGCUCAAAGGCUGCACUGGUCUACGGGCAGAUGAACGAGCCUCCAGGUGCUCGAGCACGUGUGGCCUUGACGGGUCUGACAGUGGCCGAGUACUUCCGUGAUGAGGAGGGACAGGAUGUGCUGCUCUUUGUCGAUAACAUCUUCCGCUUCACCCAAGCUGGCUCUGAGGUGUCGGCCUUGCUGGGACGUAUUCCAAGUGCCGUCGGCUACCAGCCGACCUUGGCCACAGACUUGGCCUCUUUGCAGGAGCGCAUUACCACCACCCAGAAGGGCUCGAUCACCUCCGUCCAGGCGGUCUACGUGCCGGCGGAUGACUUGACGGAUCCGGCACCUGCCACCACCUUCGCUCACCUGGAUGCCACGACUGUCUUGUCGCGCCAGAUUGCAGAGUUGGGCAUCUAUCCUGCCGUGGAUCCGCUGGACUCCACGAGCCGAAUGUUGGACCCGUCCAUCGUGGGGCAGCGGCACUACGACAUCGCUCGCAGCACGCAGAAGAUCCUCCAGGACUACAAGUCUUUGCAGGACAUCAUUGCUAUUCUGGGAAUGGAUGAGUUGAGUGAAGAAGAUAAGCUCACGGUGGCGCGUGCACGCAAGGUGCAGCGCUUCUUGUCGCAGCCCUUCUUCGUGGCGGAGAUCUUUACCGGCACCCCGGGCGCCUUCGUGGAUUUGGAGACCACGAUCAACGAUUUCGAGGAGGUCCUCUCGGGCAACUGCGACGAUAUCCCUGAGGCGGCCUUCUACAUGAUCGGCGGCAUGUCGGAUGUGCGUGAGAAAGCAGCCAAGCUGGCAGCCGUUGCUGCUGGCAAGUGA